AUGGCCCCCAGGCCCCCCUGCCCGAGUCGGCAGGGCUCCCGCACGUGGCUGCCGGCGGGCUCCAAGGGGGACGGGGGAGGCGAGGGGGCGCGGGGCGGGGCGGGGCCAGUCCCCUGCCGGGUCGCCGCCCCUCCCUCCCUGCCUCCCUCCGCCUGGGGCCUGCGCGCCGCCCCCAAACAAAGGCGGGGCAGCCGGGCCGAAGGGGACGCCGCCGCCGCGCCGCGCCGGACGGAGGGACGGAGGGACGGAGGGCGGCCGAGAGCCGGGCGCGCCUGGCCGGGGGCUGUGCGGAGACAAAGGGCGCCUGCCAGCCAUGCCCGCCCGCCGCGCCUGGCCGCUCCUCCUGGCCGCCCUGGGCAGCCUCCUGGCCGCCAGCGCCGCCCAAGCCCAAGCCCGGUGAGUCCGGCGGAGGGACGGAGGGACGGCGGGAGGCUGGGCGGGAGGCCGGGCGGCCACGCCGGGGGAUGGCCCGGGCAGCGAGCGGGCGCCGCGCCGCCGGAGGGCCGGAGCGUGGAGGGGCCGCCGGCUGAAGGCCGCCCUGCGCGGCGCCGCUCCGGCCCCCGGCGGCUGGCGCUUCUCUGCCCCCCGGCGCGCCCCGACGGGCUCGUGGGCCUUGGCCGCCCGGGGCUGGCUUCAUCCCGGCGGGGAUGCUGCGGCGAAGCGUGCCGCGCCCUCCCGCCGCGCCUGGCCCGAAGCGGCCGUGCUGGCCGAGGCCCCGGGGAGUUCUCCGCUGAGCCAGGAGGCGAGCUCAAGGGGUGCCUGCACAGGCACAGGUCCCAGGCCAACAACCCCAGGGCCAGCAGCCUCCGAUGCAGCCGGCUCCGGCACAGCCGGCUCCAGGGCAACCUCUGGCGCAACCGCCUCCGGGGCAGCUGGCCCUGGUACAACCGGCUCUUGGGCAGCCGGCCCCUGGACAACCACCGGCACCACCACCAGGGCUACUUGGUUGCGGCACCUUCUGUGUACCGGGCGGGUGUGGAGGAGGCUGUGAGCGUGACGAUCUUUAACCCGGCCAAGGAGACAACGGUGCAGGUGCAGCUGGUGGUUAAAGGAGAGACGGUGGCCCGGGCUCAAGGCACAGUUCUGGGCAAAGGGACCAUUGCCCUUAAGGUGCCCCCGGGGCUGCGGGGCCAAGCCCACCUGGAAGUCUGGGGCAACCGGCACUUGGCAGAAGAAGGCUACAUCUUCCACAACUCCACAACAGUGACCAUCGACAGCAAAGGCGCCUCGGUCUUCGUCCAGACAGACAAGCCCAUGUACCGGCCCAAGCAGAGAGUGCUGAUCAACCUCUUUACCGUCAGCCCCGAUUUGCGGCCUGUCAACGAGAGGGUCGAAGCUUACGUGUUGGAUCCUCGUGGGUCUCGGAUGAUUGAAUGGAACAACCUGAAGCCCCUCUGUUGUGGUGUUCUGAACCUGAGCUUCCCUCUGUCGGACCAGCCGGUGUUUGGCAAGUGGUUUGUUUUUGCCGAAAUGCAGGGGCACGCCUACAACCAAUCCUUCGAAGUGCAGAAGUACGUUUUACCCAAGUUUGAGCUCUGGAUUGAGCCCCCCCGCUACAUCCGUGACCUUAGUACAUGCGAGAAGGGAGUGGUCCAUGCCAGAUACACGUUUGGGAAACCCGUGGCAGGGAGACUGGUGGUCAACAUGACAGUAAAUGGGGUGGGCUAUUACCGGCAUGAAGUGGGGACCCCCGUCCUCAGAACGAGCGAAAUGGACGGCUCCGCGCAGUUUGAGGUGUGUGUGGGCGACAUGCUGCCCGCGGACAUCCCGGAGCACUUCAGAGGGGUGGUGAGCAUCUGGGCCACGGUGACGGGGGCCGACGGGAACAAGCAAGCCGCCUUCGACGACUCCACCCCCGUCCAGAAGCAGCUGGUGGACAUCAGAUACACCAAGGACACCCGCAAGCAGUUCAAGCCGGGCCUGCCCUACGGAGGGAAGGUGGAAGUCACGUACCCUGACGGGAGCCCAGCGGACGGGGUGACUGUCCGGAUUAAAGCCGAGCUCUCGCCAAAGGACAACAUUUAUACCAGCGAGCUGACGUCCAGCGGGGGCCUGGUGGUGUUCGAAAUCCCCUCCAUCCCUGCAACGGCCCAGUAUGUCUGGCUGGAAACCAAAGUGACUGCCAUUGAUGGGAAGCCCGCUGGAGACCACUACCUGCCCAACUACCUGUCCAUCAGCGGCUGGUAUUCGCCCAGCAAGUGCCACCUGCAGCUCCAGAUGCCAGAGAAGCCUUUCCUGGUGGGAGAGGAGGCGAGCAUCGCCAUGAAAUCCACCUGCCCGUGCCAUUUCACCCUCCACUACGAAGUGGUGUCCCGGGGGAACAUCGUCCUGUCCGGGUUGCAGCCCGGCCACGUGACGCAGCAGAGGAGCAGAAGGGCCACCGCGUCCUCCGGCCGAAGCGUCCACAUUUUCCAUUUAGCCCCCACCGGCCCCCCUGCUGCCGAGAUGAACGCCUGCGUGACCUUCCUCCAUUUCCCGGUGACCCACAGCAUGGCCCCCCUGGGGCGCCUCCUGGUGUAUUACGUGCGGGCGGAUGGAGAAGGGGUGACGGACAGCUUGCACUUUGCCGUCAAGCCCUCCUUCGAAAACCAGGUGUCAGUGACGUUUUCGGCCAACGAGACCAGGCCGGGGGACUCUGUGGGCAUCAAAGUCAGAGCCGCAAAGGGGAGUUGCGUCUGCUUGGCCACGGUGGACAAAAGUGUUUACCUCCUGAAGCCGGGCUUCCAACUGACGCCUUCACAGAUCUUCCAGGAACUGGCGGGUUACGACGUGUCCGACACCUUUGGGGCCGCCAAGGAGGAUGGGCACUUCUGGUGGCCGGGCGUAUCUCUGCGCAGGCGCCGGCGACGCUCCUCCGUCUUCCCCUGGCACUGGGACGUCACCAAGGAUGCCCGCUUUGCCUUCACGGAAACCGGCUUGGUCGUGAUGACGGACCUCGUCAGCUUAAACCACAGGCAGCACGGCAGCAUGUACACCGACGAGGCCGUGCCAGCCUUCCAGCCCCACACGGGCACACUGGUGGCUUCUACGCAUCACUCCAAAGCUGUGCCAAGGGCAGAGAAGAAGAAAAGGAUUUUCUUCCCGGAGACCUGGCUUUGGCACUGCUUGAACGUCAGCCAGGUGUCCGGCGAAGCCCAGCUGCGGGUGGAAGUCCCCGACUCCAUCACCACGUGGCUGACGGAGGCUGUGGGGAUGUCUGAGGAGAGGGGGAUGGGCGUGGCUGGGCAGGCGAGCCUCAGGACCUUCAAGGCUUUCUUCAUCGAGUUCACCCUCCCGUAUCGCGUCAUCCGUGGGGAACAGACGAAGAUCCCGCUCACUGUCCACAACUACCUAGCGGUGUGCUUGGAGGUUCACGUCAAGAUAGCAGUUCCCAAAGGCAUAAAGUUUGUUGGGCAUCCUGGGAAGCACCACCUGACCAGGAAGAAGUGCCUGGGCCCUGGCGAAGCCAAGCCCACCUCCGUGGUCCUCUCCUUCAGCAAGCUGGGGCACAGCAACAUCACAGCCAAAGCCUUUGCUUACGGGGGAAGCAGCUGCUGCCAGGACGGGCUGCCCUUUGCCAAGAGCGGGAAGCAGGCUGAGGACUUCUACCUGGACAGGCAGGCCCCGGUCGGGGUGGACUACGUCCGGAGGAGCAUCCUGGUUGAGCCGGAGGGGUUGACCAGAGAGUACACGUACAGCGUCUUUUUCUGCCCGAAUGAGAAAAUUCAUAUUUCCACUCCUAAUAAGUACGAGUACCAAUAUGUGCAGAAACCUUCCCGCAUGACACACUUCAGCGUUGCCGUGAAGGCGCACAACAGCGCCCACGUGGCCCUGUCCGCCAGCCCCCACGACACGGCCGAAAUGGCAGAAAUCGUCCUCGGUGGGCAUCAGAACAGUCGGACGUGGAUCUCCGGCAGCAAAAUGGGCGAGCCGGUGGCCAGCGCGGAGACGGCGGGGCUGCUUUCCUGGGAGGAGUUCCGGAGCUUCUGGAUCAGCUGGGCCGACGGAGUCAUCCAGGUUGGCCAUGGGCCCUCAGUCCUGAACGAGUCGGUCAUCGUGUCAUGGGCUGCCCCUCGGCCGCCCGAGGUGAAGUAUAUCGGCUUCUCCACGGGCUGGGGCUCCGCUGGCGAGUUCAAAAUCUGGAGGAAGGAAGAGGCGGACGAGAACCACAACGAAGCCUUUACGCUGGGCGUGCCACACAAUGUGAUCCCAGGAUCCGAGAGAGCCACUGCCUCCGUGAUUGGGGACGUGAUGGGCCCCACCUUGAACAACCUGGACAAUCUCCUGCGGCUCCCCUUUGGCUGCGGGGAGCAGAACAUGAUCCACUUCGCACCAAAUGUUUUUGUCCUCAAGUAUCUGCAGAAGACCAAGCAGCUCAGCCCAGAGGUGGAGGCUGAAGCCACGGACUACCUGGUUCAAGGAUACCAGCGCCAGCUGACCUACAAGAGACAAGAUGGCUCCUACAGCGCUUUUGGGGAACGGGAUUCUUCCGGGAGCAUGUGGCUGACGGCCUUCGUGCUCAAGUCCUUUGCUCAGUCUCGGGGGUUCAUCUUCAUCGACCCCAAGGAGCUGCUGGCGGCCAAGGACUGGCUCAUCCAGCACCAGAAGGAGGAGGGCUUGUUCCCAGCUGUGGGCAGGAUACUGAACAAGGACAUCCAGGGAGGAAUCCACGGGAAGAUCUCCCUGACGGCGUACGUGGUGGCAGCUCUGCUGGAGACGGGGGUGACCUCGGAGGAAGAGAAAGCGUCUGUGGCCAAAGCAAAGCUCUUCUUGGAGUCCAACGUGUACUCGGUGGAUGACCCGUACACCACGGUGCUGACGGCCUAUGCCCUCACCCUGCUACGCAGCCCCUCAGCGGUGGUGGCACUGCGGAAGAUGAACAGCCUGGCCAUCACGCAAGACGGCGUCACACACUGGAGCUUAACGGGGACUCUGGCUGCCAACGAGGACACCUUCAUGGGAUUUAGCGACGGGCUCUUUCAGUCAGUGGUGUCUGCCGAAGUGGAGAUGACGGCCUACGCCCUGCUGACCUACACGGUACUGGGGGACGUGGCAUCGGCGCUGCCCGUGGUCAAGUGGCUCUCCCAGCAGAGGAACGCUCUGGGCGGCUUCUCUUCCACCCAGGAUACGUGCGUGGCCCUGCAGGCUCUGGCUGAAUACGCCAUCCUGUCCUACACUGGAGGGGUCAACCUGACUGUUUCCUUGGCCUCCACCAACCUGGACUACCAGGAGACCUUUGAGCUGAACAAGGCCAACCAGAAGCUGCUCCAGACCACUGUGAUCCCCUCUAUCCCCACGGGGCUGUUUGUCAGCGCCAAGGGAGACGGCUGCUGCCUCCUACAGAUCGACGUCUCUUACAACGUGCCGGACCCCGUGGCCAAGCCGGCUUUCCAGCUUCUGGUCAACCUGCAGGAGCCGAAGGCCAAGCGCCACCGGCGGGCCCCCCAGCCCCCCAAGCCCCUUUCCCCAGACAAGAACCGCUCCGAAGCCCCCCACCGGGAGAUGGUGUCGGGGGAUGACGACGACCCGGCCUCGGACCAAGACCAUCGGGAGUACCGCGUGGCCGUGGAGACCUGCCUCAGAUGGCUGCAUUCUGGCUCUUCCAACAUGGCCGUCCUAGAGGUGCCACUGCUCUCGGGCUUCCAAGCGGACGUUGAGAGUCUGGAGCAGUUGCUCAUGAACAAACAGAUUGGCCUGAAGAGGUAUGAAAUGGACGGCAGAAAAGUCCUCUUCUAUUUUGAUGAGAUUCCGAGCCAGUGCAUGACCUGCGUCAAGUUUGUGGCCUUCCGGGAACACAUUGUGGGUAAGACGGCCCCGGUGCCCAUCAAGGUUUAUGACUACUAUGAGCCAGCCUUCGAAGCCACCCGCUUCUACAACGUCAGCGAGAGCAGCCCCCUGGCCCGGGAGCUCUGCGACGGCCCCCUCUGCAAUGAGGUGGAGAGCGCAGCCAGCCACGGGGCCGGCUUCAUCCCCGCCGGGCCCUGCAACGGCGUCUUGGGCUGCCUGGAAGACGGCUUCUUCGAGCAGUGCCUGUGCUCCCGGGACUGCGGCUACGACGGGGAUCCGGUGUGCGGCUCGGACGGGCUCCUCUACCAGAACCACUGCCAGAUGGAGGUCGCCGCCUGCAGGAACAGCACCCGCCUCAAGCGGGUCUCCAUGGCCCAGUGCACGGGGGCAAAGGACACUGCUGAUGGGAGAGAAAAGCACUUCCACCCCCUUGAGCGGCCUGCCCAGCAACAGCCGACGCCGGCAGACGAGGCCCCCAUCCUCCCGCUGGACUUCUCUUACUACUCCUACGAGUACGAGGCGGAGCCCUACGCCUCGGAAGGAGACGAUGCUUUUGAGCAGACGACCGCAGCGCAAGCGAGGGACGGCUCCGUGGGGCUGCUUUGA